UCUCUCAUUCCCUCCCUCUUGCUCCCAUUCUCGCUUGCACACACCCCCUUCUCUCUUUAACUCAUUUUCUUUUUCCACCCAUCUCAACCAGACCUCCUCAGCUCUUGCCAUCACACUCUCCACUCCUCUCUUCUCCAUCUCCUCCUGCUCUUGGCUUGCCCUGAAGAAAGCCGUGGUGUGGGCGCCUCCACCCCAACCUCCACCCGCCUCACCCAGCGGCGAGAGGGCUCUGACCCGGCUCUGUCUCUGUCACGUCACACUCAUCCGGACUUCAACCGCCGCGCUGCCGAAAGGCGCGACAGGCAACGAUAACAACACAGCGCCUGGAGCCUGAAGUUUUUUUUUUUUUUUUAUAGCGACCAGACUGUCAACAGCAGAGCUCUGAGUUGACUCGACUCUCUUUUUGAAUCUGAGCGGAGAGGACUUCCAGGGGAGAGCAGAGCGUGAGCAGAGUCAAUGCUGUGGAACAUGUGAGUGAGUGAGUGCGUGUGUGUGUGUGUAUGUUUUAGAGAGAGGGAGCGACAGAGCAAUGGAGAACAAGAGAGACACAACACAGUAACAGGAGAGAGAGAAAGAAAGAGAGAGAGAGAAAGAAAGAAAGAGAGAAAGAGAGAAAGUGGAGUCAGAGGAAUGUGCUGUGCUCAGCCGACAUUCAACUACUCCCUCCAUCGUGCCCGGGGCUACUCUCUCUCUACCUGUGUGAUCCUUUGUUUGCCACUGUGUCACAUUGACCUGACACAGUAGCCACACACACAUGCAUACAGCUGGGUGCCUAUCUGUGUGUGUGAGCGCGAGGACACACACACACAAUGACCGAUACAUUCACUGGCAGAAUGCUGGGAUGACAGCGAGACGAAGCCGAUGUUGCUCUUGGCCACUGAGGUUGGAAAACUGAUCGAGUUCAGAAUUCUUCCGGAGCUACUUGACGCACAACAGCCCGCACUGCACCGCAAGCAAGCCCACUGGAGCCUGCACUGAGGAAUUAUCAGCUGUCAGGGAACCUGCGCCGGGCUGAUAGCGGCGCCAGCAAGGACGGAGAAAGGGGGGAGUGAGGAGAGCAGGGCCACUGCAAGGUGACGCCGGCGGAGGAGGCGGAGGAGGAGGAGGAGGCGGUAGCGGCAGAGGUUUUUCGGCUGCACCCAGUGCGGGGAAGAGGAGGGGAGUGUUGGCGAUGCUCUCCUCCGCCCUCCAGAUCUUGGCGUUCGCCCUGGCGCUGCUGGGCGUGUUCGGGGCGACGGUGGCCACGCUGCUGCCCAACUGGAAGGUGAGCGCCGAGCAGGGCCCCAACAUCAUCACGGCCAUCUCGCAGAUGCAGGGGCUGUGGAUGGACUGCACCUGGUGGAGCACGGGGGUGUUCAGCUGCACGCUCAAGUACUCCGUGCUGGCGCUGCCCGCCUACCUGCAGACGGCCAGGACCACCAUGGUGCUCUCCUGCAUGAUGGCUACCCUGGGGCUCUGUCUGGCCGCCCUGGGGCUGAAGUGCACCCGCUGGGGGGGCAGCCACCGCGCCAAGGGACACACGGCCAUCGCGGCGGGCGCGUGCUUCGUGGUGUCCGGGGUGCUGUGUCUGGUGCCCGCUUCGUGGUUCACCAAUGAGGUGAUCACCAACUUCCUGGACGCCCGAGUGCCGGAGAGCAGCAAGUUUGAGCCAGGGGGCGCAGUCUACGUUGCCUUUGUGUCGGCCGGGUUCUUCCUGGCGUCUGGCGUGAUUUUCUGUCUGUCCUGCCCAGGGAAGCGCCAGGGGCCCCUGGACUCCGGCUCCUCCCACCCCAGCAAGGCACUCUCGAAGCCGCCGCCGCCGCAGCAGCCGGUGCAGCAGCCGCCUCAUUGUGAGCAGGUGAGCCGCGAGCAGCAGACGCAGUCGCCCGACCAGCACCCUCAGCCCCCGCCCCUGCCGCAGCCCAGCCGGGAGAAAGCCAACCCGGAGAAGCUGCUCCACGCCGACGAGCCGCCCCCGUCGCCUCACCGGCCGCUGGACAAGCUGCACCAGGACAAGCUCGCCCAGGAUCAGGAGCAGGCGUACUACUCGCCGUCCCGCUCCCGACCCCCACCCCCCGACAUCAAGAAGGGCUACAGCCUACAGGACUACGUGUAAUAGGCUCUCUCCACUGGCGGGAGCCCCGGACUGAAAAAAAAGGAGGCGGAGAAAAAUAAUGGAAGUGAGGGAAAGAAAGAAAGAAAGAAAAAUAGAUGGGUAAGGUACAUUGUGUUUGGCUUGAUAUUUCUCUUUGUAAGAGGAGAAAGAGAGGAAAAGGGGGGAUAGAGAGAGCUAGAGGCAGAGGUGGUGGAGGAGGCGGAGGUGUUGGAGGAGGAGGGUAAUGACUUUGACGGCGUUAUCUCCCUCACUCAUCUGUUCUUUCUGCACAGCAAGCAGUGAGGAAUGGAGCUGCUCCCAUUAUCUAACAGCAGACAGAUUGUGGAUCCUGUGCUCACAGAGUGAAUAAAAGGUUUGCAGCUGUGGGCUUUGGACAAAGGGACAAAUCAGGUAGUAACGAUGACGAAAAUGCACAAACGCAGCUUGAAUUCUGCUUUAUUUGACAAAAAAUAAGAUUUAAAUAAUAAAACAAAAAAACUGAACACUUUACCUCACCAAAGCUUUACAUCAGCUAGACGUGAAGAAGAAGCCGCGCACAAUUUCUUCAUCGUCAUUGUUUUGACUAGGGAGAGGAACACUUGACAGCAUAUGCAAUAAUACUUUUUUGCCAGGACAUGAUUACUAGUUAUUUCUGCGCUUGGCUUAAAGGCUUGUGGAAUGAUUAUUAUUCAGCCAGCGCAUGCUGUCUGUCUGCAACUUGCCACUUGCCUGGUAGAUAAUAAUGGCACGUUUACAGCUAAAUGUAAGGCUCAUUGCAGAGAAUGUGCUUCAGACAAUGUUUUGUUUAGUGUAGAGUAACGUUAAGAAAGGCUAGACAAAUACUCUCAAAAAAGAUGUUUAUGUUUGUGGGUGAAGAAAACGUGAGUGAGUGAGAGUGAGUGAGAGUGUGUGUGUGUGUGUGUGUGUGUGUGUGUGUGUGUGUGUGUGUGUGUGUGUGUGUGUGUAUGUGUCCAGACUGUGUUUUCUGGCAGGUCAUGGCAGGCAGAAACUCAGUGGGUUGUCGCCCAUCUGAGAUAAUGAUGCUCUUUGCUUUCCCAUUAGGAGCUUGUCGCUUGGAUGCACUCUGCUCAUUUAUGGUGGGAGAGCACAUUCAGACACACCCCCUCCUAAAUACACACACACACAUACACACACACACAAACACACAGAGAGACACAAAUGGAAUCCCUCUGUCUUGUUCUAGCCGCGAGGGUAAUAGGUUUUUGCACCCAAUCAUCUUUACGGCAUGUGUCCGCUUGUCAUUGCUGCAGGAGACACUGUGAUAGACCUAACACAGAAUCAACACUAAGCUCUCAUUGGCUGGUCCCUUGCACACGGACACACAGGGGGGACAAAACAGGACAGAGGUGACCCCAGCUUCUGCAGCUGCUGAGCACAGAACACCCACCUCCUUUAGACAAAAAAAACAGGCUACAACUCACUAUUAAACCUACAAGAAAAUGCUCAGAAUAUAACAUCAUUCACCUGCGACAAUGUGACACCAUGUCUGGAAAAUAUUUGCUUGCUGAGAGCGACAUAGGACCUGGAUAUCGAUCACAGUUUGCGGGCAAUUCCCUGUCAGACGUUUUCAGCGGGAAUGACACUUUUCUGAUCGGCCCUCGUGGCUGAGGCAAUAAGUCUGAUGCCGCCAUGUUGCUGCUGCUUUUUUUGAUGAGUGCUGCAUGGCUCUGGAUGUCUCUGCAAUUUUUUGUUUUGUUUUGUCGCUCCCUGCUUAUUUGGUGUUGUUCAGCAGUUCCUCACAUGUUUACACACAUGCCAGACUUUAUUCUUUAUGUCCUUGCCAUUGGGAGAUAUUGCAACAGUGACAAGGGCUUCAUUUGGAACCAAUGAGCAAUGUAAUUUUCUAAACCGGCUAUUCCCAAAGAGAAGCCAUCAUGGUAAUUAAAGCUAAUGUGAACACAGUUUAUGAGGGAAAGGUCUGGUUUAAUAUAAUUCUGCUGGAUUGAUAAGUAAAAUCCAACUAAUGGGUAUUUUAAAUGAUCAGAAGUUCUGGUUAAAAAUGGCCCUUAAGUAUUUUUAUAGCUGGGAGGGAAACAGAAUAUGAAUGUUGCAUUUGUUUUAACACAUUUAAAUUAACUCUAGAGACAUUUUUCCUUUCAAAUUAUUUUUUCCGUGUAACUAUCAGGAACCUGAUAAUCAUGAUUUUAUGUGGUUACUAAAUACUUAACCAAUGAGGUACCCUUUAAUGAAUGAAGCCUGAUUCAUCAAAUCAUGGUGAAGUUGCGAACAUUUCUUAAGCCAUCGCUUUGUAUGCUGUCUCUGUCUCAGCCUGGAUGUCCAUCAUGCUUCUAGUGACCCACAGCAUCGUGAAUUUUAGAUGCCACUCUGCUCUGCCCUAGCUCAAUAAAGCUGCUUUGCCCAUCCAAAGGCUUUUGAAUAAAAACACUCACAGUAAGCGAUCCUCUACAGUCAGAGGAAAAAUAAAUGUACAGCUUCAUCGUAUUAAUUUUAGUUACUGAAUACAAGGCCUAGAAAGUCAAAGUCAAGUCUCGAGUCAAACCAUUUAUUUGUGAUUGCGAUCAGAAAGUAAAGUCAGCUGUAUUAUUCAAUUUCAGAAAAGUAGCCCUAAGGAGUUCGGCAUGGUGGUUUGGAGCAGAGAGCAUCCAAAAAUGCAGCGUUGCGUGUCCUCAAAAGCAGGGUUUGAGAAAAACUGGGCCCUGCUAGCUCCUCUCGCGGGUUGGACCCUGACGCCGUCUCUUUUAGACCCUCCUGCCAAAACCCACAGCAGUGUAACUAAUGGCAGCACUGUCAUGUGCAGAGAGCUGAAUAUGGCCCAUGUGAGCUUACUAUGUCAUGUGCAGAGAGCUGAAUAUGGCCUAUGUGAGCUUACUAUGUCAUGUGCAGAGAGCUGAAUAUUGCCCAUGUGAGCUUACUAUGUCACCUCAUUAAAG